GGACGGUGAGCAUGCUACUCCGUCUCGUAAAACGAAUCUUUUUCUCACCGGAAGUGUAAAGUCGCGUUUCCGGUCGGGCCCUUACGAAUUUACGCAGCAACCUGAACCCAAUAUACACUGAUCAGCCGCGAUAUCAAGACUCCUUUAAGGUGUCUAACGGCGUGAAUAGUUUGAAAGCGACAAGGGCCAAACAGUCAGGAGGAAGGAGGAAGGUGCUAGUGUUAGUCUGAUUGUGCAUCAGUGAAGUUUUACUAUAUAUACGAGAACGGGUUCUAGGAGUUUGCUACGUCUGACCCAGGCCCAUUCUAUCGUGUUGUAAUCAGCUAGUGUUUAUUCUCUGCUAUACAGCUGAGGAUAAGAGUGUGAAGGGGAACGGCGUGAAAGCCAUAGUCGUCGUCCAUCUCGUGAAAUCUAGAGGAGACGCAGUACUACACUGUUUGCGUUGUAACAGACAUUGUUUCUUUACCUCAAUACAGGAAAUAAUAUAAGGAAAACGGAAAGGAACUGAAAAACAUAGUUCCCAUCAAACUCCAACCGGCUGUCCAACUCUGGUAGAGAGACGAUCGAUCGGCUUCAAAACGAUCCCAAGCUGCUUUAAGCCCCUUCGGCCGGCGCCCGCUUUAAAGGGAAUAUAACCUAAGCGUCGGCCGGAGCUAUUUCCGCCUUUUUCAGGAAGUUUUCUGGUAUCUCUGGAUACUCAGCCUUACCUUACUCCAUAUCUAACAUCGUUAUAUUACAUUUAUUACAAAGCCGUCCGUAUCCUUAUCCUGUCAAUAUGUAGGUGCCUCCUGUAAUCGAGGAAGUGCGAAAACGUAUACCUACGUUUUAGGCCUUGCUCAGUCUAGCGCGACAUGCGAACGAGCUCAUUUUCGACGUCCGUCGCCUACACGCGAACAUCAAGGUACGAACAAUCUAGUUGGAACUACGCGUUGUAGACCUCCUCGAAGAAGAUGUAGACCGUCGCGGCGCGAAUGAGACUUGGACGCGAUUAAUACCACAAGGCGUCUAAGCUCUCGCUAUAUCUAUACAAUAUCAAGUCUUUAUUAAUUAAUUAAUUUCAUAUUGCGUAUGGAAUAUCCGAGUAAACGUUUUUAGAGUUCGGAUUGUACGCUUCUCCAAUGUAUUUCUUUUCUUACUGGUGCAGUGAACACGUUUCCGCGUUUAUGAGUAUGUGCGUCUACUUGUGCUACAGUGUGUGAUACUCGUCGGUUGUGGGAAAAGAAUUGAAAGAUAGUAUUUCUAACAUACAUAUCUCACGAUCGCUGACUAUUAAAUACAAGUACUGCACGCACUGUACUCCCUUUGAAUUACUGUUAGAUGUGAAUCACUCUUAGUGCAUACGUGCAAUCAGUGUACAUGUGGUGUUGUCAAGAUCAUGUGAAAAGAAAAUAGAUCUCAAGGAAAUCAUAUCCUGGAUUCACACGGGAAGAUUUGAGAUUGGGAUGAUGCCCUGUUACGUGGGCUCUUCCUAAUCAUCACAGUGGAGUUCUGCUUCAUCGCAGCCUCGGGAGGGGGUGGUCCGAUGUUGGUCCCUCCCGUGGCCCAGGGUGGGACUGGGGGUGCUCGUCCUAUGGUGGAUUCUAGCACGAGGGUUCAGCAACCCUCGGCUCCUGGAACGACGGGCCUCUGGCCUCUUGCACCGGCGCAGCCUAAUCAGGUCCCUUGCCAACAGUCCCAGGCGACACCGCCGUUGGCAGCUACCCCUGCGCCAGCGCACAGCCAAGGUGUCAGUCGCUACGGACUCUAUUCGUUAUUUCCAGGGGGUGGCGGGGGUAGCUAUGUUACCGCGACCCCUGCCACCCCGGGCCCGAGUCCCGCGAGGGCUUAUCAUGCGACCACACACAAGGGGAUUUUGUCGCUUUCACGCUGCGGAUCGCGACCAGAACGAACAGUUUCAGAGAGUGUCUUCUCAGCGGCGGUGGGUGUAGGGGUGGGUGGUUACACAUGGGGUGCACCCACGCCACCCCCCGGUUCACCUUACAGUCCUGUGCCUGUGACGCAGUUGGAAUUGCUCGCGAAGAAUCUUGCGAGUCUCGCACCACCAGGACCACAGCCACUGAGCUUGCAGGGGGUUGGUGUCAACGUGGGUAGCCUUCAUCAUGCUCAACAUACUCAGCACACCCAGCACACACUUAAUCUCGCCGGCCUGCAUCAUCUUCACCACGGCGGUUUGCAUCAGAGCACGUUUUCGCCCCAAUUGUCGCUGGUUACUGGCGGUGCACCCACCCUCACUAUCAACAGCUUCUCAUCUCCAAACUCGACCGGGAACGUGGUGCCGAGCACCGGAGUCCUCUUGCAGGAGUAUCAAUCGUCAUCGGGCUCCACUACCAACUGUCCGAGCUCGUCCAGCUGCGUACCCACUAGCUCUACUACUAGUGUCAGCACUAUGGUAGUGCAGGGUGCCACUACCAGUAAUGUUGUUACUGUACCGAAGAAACGCGAGGCUUUUCUGCCUAGCCAGGGUCAGCCAGUUAAGCUGGAAAACAAGACCCGACAACCUUGCGUAUGUAAAAGCAGUACUGGAAAAACAAAAGUGGUCCAUUCGGAUGUUGGAUGCAGUAGAACACUACCUGUGGCUUCAUCCUGGAACGGCCAGGAGUCCUCCAGCACAAACGGAAGUAACUCAACGAGCUCAAUAAAAAGGGAACCUUUGACCUCGGUACCGUGCCAGGUCGCCGAAGUGUCGACGUCCCUUCACGCGACAACAACGGCCGUGAAGAUCGAGCCAGUGCUGCCAAAGUCAGAAAACGGUAUCGUAGUCUCGAGUGCAGGCGCUGGCACUACGGGUAUUCCGGUGGGCAUCGCCGUGGCCAGACAGAGACUUCAGCAUCAGGAGACCUCGACCACAUCAUCUAUGAGGAAUGUCUCUCUUAGCCAUCACACUUCGCAUCAUAGCUAUCAUCAUUUCCAACCGGAUAACCUUGGUUCAACUACGGCCAUGGCAGUAGGCGGUGCAACUCUUGUUCAUUGUGGACCCGGUGGGGACGAAAGACCGGCCCAUCUCGCCAUUCCCUCGAGCGCGCUGCCACCCUCUCUGAACGCCGCCCUCAAUUCCACCUUGAAUUCCACCCUGAAUUCAACCCUCGGCAACAUUGGCGCCACGGCUGCCGCGGCGGCUGCCGCCGCUGCCGCUGCUUCCGCGUCCACCUGGCCGCCGACGCUUUGGCAAUAUCCUACACCAGCCAUGCCUAUGGAACCUGUAGGAUUUCCUCAGAUGGGGGUUGGUCUGCAGGGUGGACUUCAGCUCGUCAGGGAUCCUACUACUGGACAUCUUCUUUUGAUACACGCAGCAGAACAAAUGCAGCAGGCUGUUGUAUGGCCAAAUUAUCCCGGUCAUAAUGGCAGUAAUGUUGCACCGCCGCCAUUACUUUUACCGCCGCCACCACCGUCUCUUCAACUUCUUAGCGAUAUUGGAGGUGCGAGACUCGUUCUUACUGAAAACAAGAGGAAGCAGCAGAGCAAUCUGCCCAUUGUCAAAAUAGAAGCUGAUUGCGGCAGUAGCCCCACUACUAUAAUAACCUCGGCGGAAUCUACCAAGGCACUGCAGACUGUGACAUCCAUGACGGGUACUCUGGUACCGGACACGCCAUUGGUAACAACCCUUCAUUACUAUCCCCACGCACCAACCCUCGUGCAAAUAAGUCAAGCAGAGCCAGCUCAUUGCAGAUCACAGCAGCGAAAUGAAUUUAUUUCAAAGGCAACAUCGCCGGUGUCCUGUCUCACUCCGCCACCGGAAGUUACCACGAUACACGCCAUAGAACCACCGGAAUCCACGCCAAUCGGAGUCCAGGAUGCUUCGAAUCAGACGGACUCGACGGAAGCUGAGGAUGAACUGCUGGUCGUGGACCCAAUCGUCAAGCAGGAACAAAAUUUUAGUCCGUGCCAGAUGCAGAGUACGAUAAAUUUUGAAAAUACUCAAAGUCCAGAGAAAAUUUUAAAUUUGGCCGUAAGGCUUGGCAAUCAACAUUUAAAUAGUGCACCGGGGGUCCUGGGUAAAGUUGAAAAAUCUGAGAGUGGCGUGGUGUCCGGCGGAACGGAGUGCGCGAAAUAUCAAGUGACGAACGCAAAGGAGAAUAAUCGUUCAGUGAAUUCCGUGGACAGGACGAUAGAGCACGUGGUGAAUUGUCACAAUGGCGAACCAGAAGGAAAACAUGGCCCCGUACAGGAAAUAAGAGCGGGUCCGAAAAUCAUUGAAAUCACGGAAGAGAACUGUGACAGCUUUCACGAGAACCUUGAAUUUUUCACCAGAAGACGAGAUCCUUUGACGCACUUUCGAAAGAGCAUCGUCGAGGAUACGAGGAAGACUCAGGAUAUCAUCGAAAGUGUGUCAGAAGCCUCCGGAAUACCGGAAUAUCUACCAGAAUUGUCAAAGGUUCCAGAAAAUAUUUCAAAGACGUCAGAUCUGCCGCAACAAGGCAGUCAGUGUGCCAGUUGCGAGAGUUGCGGGAAAUCACGAGAUAUCUGGUCUCACAAUCAACAAACUAAUAAUAACGAGAGUCAUUCGCAACUGACUGUGAAAUCAUUCGAUAUGCCAUCGAUUGAUUGUGACGAUCAGAUCGAGCAUAUUGUUGUCAAGCAGGAAAAGGACGAAGAGCGAGUUUUAACAGAUUGUCUUUAUUCCCAGAAGAAUAACUUGGACAAGUCCAAGUGUCCUGAAGUCCUGCAGAAACGUCAUCACCCUACCGAUAAGUUUCAUCCUGGUAUCGAAAACGUCGUAGAGAAGCUGAAGAAAAAUGCCGCAGCCGCUAUGCAGGAUAUUCAGAAGAACGACGAGAUUGAAAGUCAAGCUGUACCAAGACGCGUUGAAAAUUCACCACGUCGACUUGAGAACGGGCUAAAAAAACUUAUUCUGAGGUCAUGUGAAAACGAACAGCAGGCACUUGCAUUGCAACAGAGAUUAAGUAAUCGCGACGCGGACGUCACAGACGUCGACAAAUAUCCUAGUGGAAAGUACCUUCAGAAAUCCGAUAAGAAUUCCUUGUCACCAGCUAAGCCUAUAACUGGUAGAGCUUACUUUCUUAAUAAUAAUGACAUCAGUAACAAUAACAACAAUAAUACAUCCUUGAUAAAAAAGCGUGAAGAGAACAAAAUACCUAAGCCAGAGAAGAUGAUUGGUUCUGAUCACUUUAAAGGCGAAGAAACUAAAAUGGAUUCUUUGAAUUCUACAGGCAGCACAAGCCCCAAGAAGGAAACAAUGAUAUCCAGAUUAAUUAAUUUAGAUAAGUCCUAUCAUAUUCCUAAAACGGAAUUAGAUACGAAGGAGAACUUGAUAGAAACCGAACUUCUGAAAGGUAACAAAGUGGGCGGGUGUCCUGGUAAGCAGAAACCUCUCGUGGAUCUAAGCGGAUUGGAACUACUUUCUAAUAGCAUAGAACAGUUGGAGCACAGGAAACCAGGUUCCCAGACUUCUGGACAGGACCAGGAUGUCGACGAUACUCCAAAAAAAUCAAAACCUCUCACUGGACAGAGUGAAAAUAAUAAUAAUGACGUGGACAGUCCUCUGGGAUUAUUAUGCGCUCUUGCGGAACAACGAUUCAUGGAAGAGGUCGCUGAUAACAGCGUAUCCAAGAAGUCGACUAAUUAUGAAAAUUUCGAGGAGAUCUCGCACGCCGGUCGCCUUCUUCUGAAUUUGGGUAAGACGUCAAGUGUUUUAGACAAGAAACGUAAACGUCUGGAAAAGCGAAAGUUCCCGUUAGAGGAUUGCGGAAACGCAAAAAAGUUAAAAGAGGAUUACAUUGUCGAGGAACCUAGUCCGAAGAAUACUACUAUCUGUUAUUUCGAAAAGCCUAAUGGCAGGAAUUAUGACAACCAGGUAAUGGAUGAUCCCGUUCUCAGAAUGAAGGAAAAAACCCGAAGGAAUAUUGAUUUCACAGAAAAAGAUCCAAAAACCAUUCACGAACUGAAAAUGAAUGACCGUGAAGAGUCAAAGAUCCAACAAGAAUUGAAACCGAAUCAUUCGUUUCAUCAGGAACGCUUAGAAACUCCAGAGAAAGGGACUAACGGUAAGAACCACGGUUACCAGAAGAGUACACAGCUGGUGGGCUACAGUAAGAAAUAUGAAUAUUUUCUACACGCCGGAAGAAGAGCGCCGAGAAAACACGAGGAGGAAUUCACGGAUUCCGAAAAUGAGAAUACGGCUCCUGAAGUUGCGAAGAUUUGUAUUCCACAAGAGCAGAUUGGUGAAGGUGACAAUCUUGAUGAACUUAAUGGAAUCAGUGAUCUUCAUUUGGACCAAGACUCGCACGAGACUCAUCACAGCUACAGAAGUCUCCAGUCAAAAUUGGAAGUAAAGAAAUUUAUAGCACGCAAAGGACACCCAGACAAUGAUGCUGAUUGGCCCAAUAUGGAUGCCAUGGAAUUGCAUAUGAGAGUUCGACUGGCAGAUAUUCAGAGACAAUAUAAGGAGAAACAGAAGGAGCUUUCCAGGUUGACGCCGAAGAAAGAUGACAAGAAGAGUCCAGGACGACCCAGAAAGAAAAGCCACUCAAAUUCUGAUUAUGGUGGAGUAGCAACGUCGCCGGCAGUGGACACUGCAUUAUCCUUGCAAAAGUCACCCAGUAGAAGUCCAGAUGGAGCUCCACCACCUCUUGCAUCAACUGUCCUGGCGAUGCCGAGAUGUAAUGUCAACCUGGUCAAACUUGGCGAGCCUAGGAGUCAUAUAAAGCUCCUUGAUAGUAUUCCAAGUAUUCCUAUUCCUGUUCCACCGGUUGCAUCACCUAUCACGGUGCUUCCGACUAGUAAAGUUCUUCAGGAAGACGAUGAGAAGAUUACGACGAGGUUGGGCUAUGAAACGUCCUCACCGGCUCCCACGAUCUCCAGCUCGAGUUCUGCCUCCAAGAAGAGGAAAGUUGGUCGUCCCAGAAAACUGAUGUGUGCUUCUGGCAGUGUAAGGCAUCUCACGGAAACUAUUGUUGCUAAAAAGCCUAAAAGUAAAAGUUCACUUGUGGGCUAUUUAUUAAACGCAAAGAAUCGACAUCUUCAAAAUAAGUUUAUCAGCAAGACUGGAUAUACACCGUUACCAUUUAAAUCUGGUAUAAAUGGUGCCAAAAAUGCAAAAAAUCACAAGAGUACCAAAACGAAAGCAAAGCCAGCAAAGCAAACGCCAUUGCAUAAUAAAAACGUGAUAAGCUCAAUAAUAGCAGAGAAGGCAAAAUUAAGUCAGGAUGCGAAGCUAGAGAAACAAUGUAAUAAACUGAAACCAAAACUCAAGGCUGAGGUAAAAGUGAAAAACUGGGAAGAGGAAGAAGGAACCGAGUGGAAUAACACUCCAGCGGAAAUUGCACCAGCUGAAACUACCGUUCCGGAAUUGGCAAUGGAAACAGCCGUGGAUGUUGAACCUAUUGAAACACAUGUAGAGAAGGAAAAGGAAAAGCAUGAGAAAAUAAAAAAGAAAAAAAGAAAGUCUUAUUCAACGUCUCCAAAACGACAUAAAUCCAGCGAGAGGGAUGGCAAGGAAUCCAAACGUCGAAAAUCUUCAGAAUGCAAGGAAUGCAAGGAAUGUGCAAAAGCAGCCAAAGCUGAACGCGCUGAUAACAUUACAAACAGAUGCAAAUUAACAUCGGCACAUUUGGGUAUAGAUCAGCUAAGAGUGCUCACUGCUAUGGGUGGGCUCUUUUACGCUGGGCGUCUAAGCGCCGUCCAAGCGCCGGAUGUCUACGCUAUUACUCUUGACGGCGAACGAGGAAACAGGCCCCAUAUCCAUUCCAGAGAAGAGAUUCUUCGGGAUGCCAUCGUCGAGGUGUGUCCUGGUUCCACUAAGGAAAUACCACCAGGGACGCGUCUCUGUGCUUACUGGAGUCAGCAAUAUCGUUGUCUCUACCCAGGUACGUCAGUAGAACCUAGUGAACCCGAUCCAGAAUUAGAUGAGAAAUUUGUAAGCGUCGAAUUCGACGACGGAGACAGUGGCAGGAUAGCCUUAGACGAUAUUCGACUACUGCAGCCUGAUUACCCUGUAGUUGAAUAUGAUCCAAAUCCUCUUCUGUCAUUGGGCAAACGUCGAAGACAGACUUCUGCGUCGACAGAUGACAAACGCUCGUCUACCGGAAGUCAAUCAGGUGCAUGUACGAGUACAACGACCAACAUAACUUCUUCUGAUGCAAAGAUCGAUCAACAGAAAAAUAAUGAAACAGAUUCAAAGGUAAUGGAGGAGUACAGAGAACGAAAACGCAUGAAGAAGCGGAGAAGAGAUAAGCUGAAGAGACUCCAGGAGGCACAGGAAGGUAAGAAAAAGCAUAGAAGGCACAAGUGCUGCGAGGAACACAGAAAGCAUAAGCAUAGGAAACAUCGUAAGCACAAGCAUAAGCACAGCCACCAUAGCAGUCAUAGUGACGGAAGUCAUCAAAGUGGCGGUGAGAGCUGUUCCGGUCAUAAAAGCGAAGAGGAAUCAAUUGCUAUGGAUGCAUCUCCAACAAACGCUACAGUAGAGGAUGCUGAAGAGGAGGAAGAUGAGGGAGACAAGGAAUUAGAAUUAAAAGAAACUGAACAGGAAGUACCCCUGGUAGUAGAACCUCCUAAGCCGGAAGAGAAAAUCGAGAAACCGAAAAAAUCGGACAAAAAGACCAAGUCCAGAGAACGUCAAGAAUCUGUGGAGAGUAGAAGCAAGAUGGCUGCUUUCUUACCUGCUCGACAACUUUGGGGCUGGGCUGGUAAGGGUUAUAGAAGACCCGGUGCGAAAGGUCGUGCCAAGAAACAAUUCUUCCGUGCCAUUCAACGUGGCAGCGAGACUAUACAGAUCGGCGACAGUGCCGUGUUCCUCUCAACGGGUCGACCCGACAGACCUUACAUAGGGAGAAUAGAAUCUAUGUGGGAGACGUCUAGUUCGAAUAUGAUUGUCAAGGUCAAAUGGUUUUAUCAUCCUGAAGAAACAGUCGGCUGUCCGACAAAUCUUAAAUACCUUGGUGCACUUUUUGAGUCACCACACAUGGAUGAAAAUGACGUGCAGACAAUAUCGCACAAGUGCGAAGUUCUGCCGCUUCAAGAAUAUAUUGAGAAGUUGGGAAAGGAACCCCAUCGGUAUCUUACCAUCUAUGACAACAACGAUAUCUAUUAUUUGGCUGGAUACUAUGAUCCUACCACUUACCUACUCACGAUGCAACCGGAUGUUGUUUGAGAAAAGCUCAAACUCACGAUUAGGCUAACGGGCGUUACUUAAUCGUGUUUCUCAUAGAUGGAACUCGAAUGUUCCUGCUGAUUGUUUCACCUUCCGUCACAGGAAGGAUGUCGUUAAUGCAAUGCACCAAGUCCUCAGGACUGGCAAAAGAACUUACGAUCACUACGUAGAUUGAGUCAUUCGUACUUUUCGAAACUACAAUUUUUAAGCGCAGAACGUGGCAGCCACAACGAUGCCAUGAAAACCUCUGCCCUUGUUAUGUUAAUAUUAUUAUUUCUUUGUGACUCGAAAAGCAUUUCAUGAGGCGAAUAUUCGAUGAAAAUCUACGUAAAUACCAUUCUAUCAUGAAUUCUUACGUGUGCUUCACGUGUAUAAUAUUUGCAAACGUACGGGUGAACUUUUUGUUAUCGUUAAAGGCACGCUUCGUAUACACAUAUUUGUGUAAAGGCAAAAUUGGUAAGUGCAAGGAAGUGCAGCUAAGAGUAUCGGUUAAGAUGCAAUAAAUGACAAAAACAAAUACACAGACAGCAUAGAACACACGUAUAAAUUCACGAGAAGCACCGAAUAAUUAUACAUAUUUAACAUACGCAAUCAUGGCAAGUGGCAUUAUAAAUGCAAGAAUACUACGCAAAGUAGCUGUAAAGUAAGGCAUCAUGUAAAUAUUGUACAUAAAAAAAGAAAAAUGGUUAUUAUUACAAAUCUACUUAAUUCGUUUAUCGAUUAACGAAGACGUAGCGUACAAUAAUCGGAUAUUGCGUAUCACGUGUGCAUUACGACUGAUGAAAAUUUCACCCGUUAUGGACAUUAAUGAAAUCGUUUUGCAUCUCUUAUAUUUUUUGUAUUAAAAGAAGAAAAAAACAUUAAAUUACGUAUGUAUAUAAUACAGACGAGUUGCGGAACUGUGCAAACUAGAAAAACCGCGAGGAGUGGGAGAGAAAUAUUAAUAGUGAUACGAGACACGGUGCUAUCUAGCCUCCUAUCUUAUUAUUUUAUCGCCUAGGCGUGUGUUACUGUUUUAAGUUGAGCUUAGCAGAGAGAAAGAGAGAUGCAAGAAGAAUGUCAGUAUACGUGCAAGAGCUAGACAGACAGAGAAAGAGUGUGAGAGUAAAAAGAGAGGGAGAGAAAGUGUGUUUUUUUUUUAAAGAAUUAUUUCUACGCAUUAUUAAGUUUUAUGAAACCUAGGAGUGUGGACAGUGCGGCUUAUGUCCACAUAAUCGACAGUGGUGUUUUUUUAAGGCCUGUUCACAUCGUGCAAGAUACUAGUAUUAAGACUAUUCUCUAUCGAAUCAUUUUUAUAUAUUAUUAAUUAAUGACGAGUCACGAUCGUCCCUUUCUCCAUUCACGCUAUUGUCUUUCCCAGGUGCCCAUUGAACUGGUAGAAGAAAAUCGUUCGCGACGCUAAAACUCAAAAAAUUUCCUAUUUCAUUUUUACUUCGUUUUAUUGUCUAUUCUGCGAUUGCUGUCGAAGUUUUUUGUCUUUUAAUCAGCGAAAGUAUUUUUUUUAUUUUUUCCCUUGAAAAUAACGCGUAAACGAUAGACGAAAUAAUUAGAAAUUCAUGAUAUUACUUUUAUUGUUUCUUUAUAAUUUUCUUUCCCUCUCGAAAUUAGAUAUGGUCGAACUUGCCACUUGCCUAUUAAUACCAUAGGCAUGUGUGGAGAGAUGUAGUGUGGUCAAAGUGCGACUUUGAACAAAACCGAAAAAAAAUAACAGACUGUUGGGCACGAGAGAUAUAAAUAGCACGAAAAAUAGACAAAUACAAAUUCGACGAUUUGCGCAUGCGCACGCGCGAGAAAGCGUUAUGAUAUAAGUAAUAAUAGCGUGGGACUGACAGAUAGAACAAGAAUGAAGCGAAACGACAGAGCGAAUGGGAGCAUAAAAUGUAACGAGAGAACAUAUGGAUAGAACAAUCGUGAUGUACUUACAGUGAGCGUAAUUUUUCUCUCUGUACAUAAAAUAUUUAACUGCGCAUGCGCCCACGCGUACGUAACUUUGCAUACGUAUGUAACGCACAUGCGCUCGCGUUAUACACAGUAUAAAUACUAUAUUCAAGGUACAGAUUAUGUAUUAUUAAUAAUACAAAAAAAAUGCAAACGUAUAUCUAUCGAAUUACUGAACAGAAGAUUAAUAACGGCUUUAAUAGUACUAUAUGAUCAUAAUAGGUACACCGUAGUUGUACUAGUCAUUCUUUUUUCUCUGUUUUUACAAAAAUUAUCUUUACUCUUUGCUUCGAUUUAUUUUAUCGAUUUUUUGAAAUUUCCCAAAAUUUCUCUUAGGAACGACGGCCAGGAAUAUUAAUCGGUAUUCUCCUGUAUAAAAUAUAUAUAUAUGUGUAUGUAUAUAUCUGUAUAAAGAAAUUUCUUUAAAUAUGGAUACUAGAAAUAGUUGAGAUAAAACUGAGAAACGAGGGAUGACUGGUAUCGCGUGACGAGUGAGUCCAAUUGCCUAAAUAAGAAACGGCGCGUUCAAUCAUUACGAGAAUAAAUUAGUAAAUAUAUAGUAUACACAACACAGUAUUUUUCCAUAAAGAUGAAUUAAUUGCAAAAUGGUCGUAAUCGUCGUCGUCGUUUUAGAGGCCUUUAGAUGUACACGGAUUUAAGAGAAAAAGAAGAAAAAAAAAUAGAAAAAAAAGCGUUGGUCUCUCGAUUGCUCUUUAUUAUUAUUAUUGCAAUGAUAAUACAAAUAAUAAUAAUAAUUAUUAUAAUAAUAAUUAAUACUAAUUCGUCAAGUAAAUUAGAAGGAUACACGCAGAAAUGUGUACGCACUUAAGUUACACGGAAGACAUACGCAUAUAUUAUUAAUAUUAUUAUACAUACAUAAAUACACAAUUGUAGAUUUUACUUAUACGCAUAAGCUUAUGCUCGCGAAGCGGCCUAUUUAGAUACUCUUUAUUGAAACAUAUAUUUGCUUCUUGUAGAUUUGUAAAUAUGUACGUAGCUUUUCUUUGUAUGUCGGUCACAUAAUAUAGCGUACUAUAGAUAUACAUACAAAUGUAUGCAUAUGUCACAACCCGGACAAUUAAUACGCCAACCUCCAUAUCACGUCUUUACAGAUGUACUAUAUCUUCAUCGCGCUAAUUGAUCCCCUUAACUGCAUUACAAUUUUCUUUUAUUCAUUGUCACGCACGUGCGUUCUACUUGUUGAAAUUAUGAAAAACUCCGAAAUUCUUCCUUUCUUGUAUAUCGCGUCAGUCCAAUAGUUUAUUCCUUGCGUGACGCUGACGUCAUUCGCUUAAGAUUUCGCUUGACGAAUUCCAUUUUGGAAAAUCGUAUUUUUGCAUAUAUAUUUUUUCUUCCGUUCGUUAGUUGUUGUUUUGUCUUUUCUAUCGAGCUCUCCCUUCUCGCGAUUAGAAAUAAUGACAUUCGUAGGUAGGUUAUGCCGUUAUCCCGUUACGUUGCAAGUUGACGAAUGAAAAAAAAAAAAUAAGGAAAAGAUUUUCUUUUCAUAUUUUUUUUUUCAUUCUUCUUUUCCUCUCCCUUUAUAUUUGUCUUAUCGGCCCGUUUCAUUGGUAUCCUUGAAUUUACUUGGAAUUGAGGCGAUCUUUUUUAGAGUUUCGGAAACAUUGUAUGUGCGUGUAUGAAGUGCGUGGGAGAAAUUGGAAAUCGUGUGGGGAUGUACUAAAUGGCCUGUGAGUCUGCGUUAUUGUCAUUGUGAAUAUGAAAUGUCUAUUUCGUGGUACGAGGAGAAGGGUGAAAAGAAAACGAGAGAGGAGACGAAAAAAUAAGCAGCUGACGAAAUUCAAAAUUUGAGUAAAACGAAAUUUGCGAAUUUAAAAGGGAUUUACGAUAUGACUGUAUUUCCGUCUAUGACUGUAUACUGUCUAUGCAGUAUACACUAUUUCUGACUAGUCGAGAUUAUUAGUGUCGCGUGAUGCGUGUCAAAGGAUAGCACGUAAGAUUGGUAAUGGUAUUUUUCACCCCUCUCUUUCUGGAAAAGAAAAGAAACAGGAAACUUGAAUAGAAGGAAGGGACAUUUCAGAAUUAUCGAAUUGACAGCUUGGCUACGCUCGUCAAAAUUGAAGGACAUAUAACGAUAAUACAAUUAAUAAAAAUGGCAAAGGGAAUGAUAUAAAAAAUAAAAGAAAACAGUAUCAAGGACGCUAUACGAUUUAGGAUCUUUGAGAAUUACGUAAGAUGGCGAUGUGCGAGAGACGAAGAUAGAGAGAAAGAGAGAGAGGAAACUAAUUAUAUUUCAUGAGCUAAAAGCGAUAGCACGUGGAAACGAAGCAAAAGAAAAUACAUUAAAAGGAGCGACGCACGAGAAAAAAUGAAAUAGGAAAUAAUAAAGAGAAAAUUGUAAGAAGAUAUUUUAUCGUAGAGAGUCGAAAUUAUUAUAUUUUAUUAAAGGGACGCGAAGUUCAUAAUGUUUACAGUAGAGAUAAAGUGAUACGAGGCGAUAAAAUUCGAGGGAGAGAAAAGGGUGAAAAAAUGUGGUAAAAUUAUAAAAAAAAAAAAAAAGAAACACUAAGAAAAAGUGACUGUUCGAACCCAAAAGUCUGAGAAAAAAAGAUUAAAUGUGCUGAUUUUCGUUUAUAUUUUCCUAUGCGACUUUUCUAAGUGUUUGUGACAGCGAGAAGGAGAGAUGAGAGAGAGAGAGAGAGAGAGAGAGAGAGAGAGAGAGAGAAUGAGUAAAAGUUCUUAGAUUAAGGAAAUGUUGAAUGUUUCAUGGCGCGAGUGAGACUGUUUGACGGGAAUAUUUACAUUGAUCGAAUAACAACCGAAGAAAAAACACGGAUAUACAAGAACUAUAAUUGCACAGACAUGACGUAUAGAUUUUAAGAUGACCAUUGUUAAUUCUUGACAAUUUUUUUAUUUGCUCUUCCAAUGACAUUGUAGGAACUGUGUUAAGCAAGAAAAAAACCUAUUAAUAUUUCACAAAAAAAAAAACUAAUUAAAACGAGUAAUAAUCAUCAACCCGAUUCGGGUAUAUAUUAGCCAUACACAGAUAGCGUUUUCAAUUUUUUUCAAUCUUGAAGAUGCAUUUAGAUUAUUCGUAAAAGAGCAGGCAUAUAAAGAUACAUUGCAAUGGUAGACGUCAAUUGUAUGUACAAUUAGCAACUACUCGAACGAAAAUCUGACUCUAAAUGGUAUUAAGGACUCCAAGUGAAUUCCCUUUGACUAUCGUUCAAUCAAUUGAAUGUGUAACACGCAGAGACUAUAGAAACGCGAAAUCGAAAUGAGAAUACCAAUCUGUUGUACGGAUAACAUAAAGCAGAUAACGAACAAGUAGAAGGAAUAGGCGAAGUAGGAAGAGCAAAUACAAUAAUGUAAAAUUAGCAAGGGAAUUUCCGGAUACUAGAAUACCUGUAAGGUUGAUGCGCGUCUAAUGAAUGAGAAUUUAUGAGCGACAGAGUAUAUUAACGAUAACGAGUGAAUCGGCGAAUGAGAGCAAAAGAGAAAGAGAGAGAUUGAGAAAUUGGCAUGAGAGUUUUGAAGAAACAAAAAAUAUAGAAAAGGAAAGAAAGAGAGAGAGAGAGAGAGAGAAGUUGCAGGUGUUUCAUAAUUAUGCUUGUAGAGAAGUCAGUCAGCGUAAUACUAUUGCAUAUAUCCAUUGUCUUAAUGUUAAUGAUUGAUUAAUUAUUAAUUAUUUAACAGUUUAUUAACCCUCUCACAGGAGCGAUGCGGACUAAAUACUUUUAUCAGUCGCGAACUCUGACACGCACACGUGUAGGCGUGCACGCACGGGCACCAGUGCGCAGAUGUAUUGAUUUUGAAAAUCAGGGAAAAAAUUAUUGGUUUUUGUAUUUGUUUGGUUAUUUGUAAAAAAUUAUAAUUUUUCACCUAUUUGAAUAUUAUAAUUUUGAGUGAAGCGGUUUUUCGUAUGCGAUUGACGGAGGAAGUGCCUCGUGCGCGUGUGUGCACGUAUGAGAAUGAUAAGGAGAAUGAGAAUGAUAACGUAGAGAGGAUUAAGAGUUUCUAUCAGAAUUUAUAUUGUGAUGGUGAACGCGAUGAGAUAUUUCCGAGAUCGGGAGAGAGACACGUACGCCGACAUGUUGCCCAUAAUUGUUUAUUUCAGCUAAAUACUUGGCCAACAAUAAAAUGCAUAUUAGAUAUUUAAAAUUAA